UCCCAUACGAACACUCAAAAAUCUUGAAAGAGAGAGAGAGAAUGAUAUCGUGGCUGAUGACUAUCAAGGCGGUGCUAAUAUCUACCGGCGUCGCCUCCGUCGGACUGUUGCUCAAGGUCUCUGUCCCGGUGGCUGUGGAUUUCUCCGUCUCGCAAGCUCCGAUCCUGUGGAGUUCUUUGCUGUCGUGGCUGAAACCGCCGUAUCUCUACAUACUCACCAACGGAAUCAUCAUCACCAUCGUGGCUUCUUCGAAGUAUUACCGGAGCGCUAGCCACCACGAAGAGGAAGACGAUGGAAUCGUUUACGGUGGCAGCGGCGAUUAUGAGCUCCAGACGGAGCUGAUUGUUCAUGACCAAGCUUCUCCGCGGAUGCUGGAGGAGAAAGAUAGGCUAUUCGAUUUCGUAGUUUCUAAUCUGCCGACUCGGCAACUGGAACCGGAGACGGUUACGGCGGAGGAAGAGAAGAUAAAAGAUGUGGUGGAGACGGUGGAAGAUGAAGAUGAGACUGAAUCGGAGCUCAAGAGCGUGAUUAUGAUGGAAAGUUCCGAUUUGAUUGGAUCCGGUGGAGAUGAAGAUGUCAUGUUACCACCGGCGAUUUCAAAUCAGACUAAUCUGCAACCACGUAUGACUGAAUCAGAGAAUAUCCCUCCCACUGAGAAACCUUUAGUUUCUUCAAGGUUCGGCCACCGUAAAUCAGUUAAAGCUAGUCCAGAAGUUGGAAGAGCGUUGUUGAGAGUGGCGAAGCCGAAGAGGAACGAGACACGCGGCGAGGCCAGACCGGUUUACAAGAAAUCGGAGACAUUUCGGGACAGGACUAACUAUUACCGGUGUCAGGAAAUGGCGGCGACUAAGAAGUCGAAGGGGAAGGUGAGGAAAGAGCCGUCACUGAGUCAGGACGAGUUGAAUACGCGAGCUGAGGCGUUUAUUAAGAAGUUUAACGAGGAGAUGAAGCUGCAGAGAAUGGAGUCAUUGAGACAGUACCAAGAGAUAACUGGUCGUGGGGUUUAGCUCUUUUUUAUUUUUUGAAAAAAGGUUUAGCUCCUUUUUAUAAAUCUUUAUUGGUUUUUUAAACACAAGAAAAAAACUAGACUAAAGAGGUGAUUAUAGUCAUCAUGGUUUGAACCCCAAAAAUGGCAUAGUGAAAAAAUAUGUUCAUUAAUUUGUGAAUCUUAAAGUUAGGUUUACACAGGCUUUUCGUUUGUUGUUGUUGUUGCUGUUGUUGUGUGUAUAAUUAUAUAGUGAGCUCUACAUUUGGGUUGCAAAUAUUUAGCUAUACAUAUAUCAAAUAGCUUUGGAUAUAUUGUGGUGUACAAGAAAGAGU